UGGAUACGCCAAUCACCUUGAGCUGGGCGGCCAUCUUGGAUACGCCAAUCACCUUGAGCUGGGCGGCCAUCUUGGAUACGCCAAUCACCUUGAGCUGGGUGGCCAUCAUGGAUACAUCAACCAUCUUGGGCUAGGCAGUUGUCAUGGAUACAUCAGCCAGUUUGGGCUGGGCAGCCAUCUUGAAUCUUUCAACCAGUCCCUCUUUCCCCCACUCCCUACUCCCCUUCUUCCCACACUCAUUCCCUCACCCCUAUCUCCCCUGGCACUGGGCCGCCCUCCACAGCCUUAUGAUCCCAUAGGCAAGACAGGAGGCUAUAUUGACACAGGCUGUGAAGGCCAGAGUCACCAGCGCCAUCUUCUUGUCGGCUUGCCCCGACAGGGCACACUCGAGGGCUGGGGGGCAGGGGGGAGCUCCAGGAAGGCACCAGAAGUAGGCCCCUGACACCAAGGGUAACUGUAGAGCCAGCAUAGCCCACAAGAAGCCCAGCUCAGUAGCCAGGAGCAGCACCACACAUAAACCAAAUGCUGGGGAGCGCCAGGCUGAGCUGGAAGCCAUCUUAGCUCCUGUAGUGGCCAUCUUGGAUUGGCCAACCCGUUGGGACUCAGAGUCCAUAUUAAUUAUGUCAACCCAGUUGGCUCCAGUGGCCACAUGGGGCUCUCCAGCCAGCGUGGUUUUGGCAGCCACGUUGGGUUUGGCAGCCAUAUUCGUUGCAUCAGUUGGUCCUGCUAACUCCUCAUCCCCUCUGGCCGCAGCCCGUCGGCCGAACUGGGCAUGAAUCAGCAUCAUGAGGCCCACGGGGAGCAGGGUGGCAAGGAAGGCGAAGCCCCAGGCCGAGGAGACGGGGGCUGGGAAGCGCUGGUUGUAGCACAGGGCAGCACAGAAUGGCUGGACGUCCCCAUUGACCGAGGUCCAGUUACAGGCCAGCUUGAGGUUUCAGCUCCCACACUCCUUCCCCCACUCUGCCUUCCUACGCAGCCAGGAAAGGAGCCUCUGUUCUCCCCACAACUCCAGCCCCCCAAAGACCCUGGGGCCAUGGAACACGUCCCCUUCCUCCUCCUCCUCCUCCUCCUCUUCCGACAUGGCCUGUGUGAUGCAGUCUGUGGGGAUGCAGAAGGUAUCCAAGGGGGUGAGGUCGUGUACCCCAAGAUCCGAACCAAUGGCAGCGUCCUGGAGUAUCACUGCCCCCCAAACAGCUACGCCCACCCCGUGAGCUGGAGGGUCUGUCAGUCCAGCGGGAAGUGGUCACCUCUGAGGAAUGCCUUCGAGUCAGCCCAACGGCCCUCCUGCAUCAACUACACCUGCACUGGCUACAUCACCUUCGAGAACGGGUGGCACGAGCCCCGGCAGAGCAAGUACAGCGUCGGGGACACGAUCACCUUCCACUGCCAGCCCGGGCACCAGCUCUUCGGCGCCGCACGCCGCACCUGCCUGGCCAACGGCGAGUGGAGCGGCCGCACGGCCGUGUGCGACCCCGAGGACUCUCUGUGCCCCUGGCCAGGCAUCCCCCUCGGGGGGCAUCGCCAGGGCCACGUCUUCGAGCCAGGCAAAGCCGUGACGUUCAGCUGCCUCCGAGGCCUGGUGCUGCGAGGCUCUGCCCGCCGCGUCUGCCAGAACUCAGGCCAGUGGUCGGGGGAGGAGCCGCGCUGUGAGGGCCGCUACGCCUACGACAACGUGACCUCUGUGGCCGAGCACCUGGACGUGUCAGAAGAAAUCACCUCGCACGCACAGACAGGCACCAACAUAUACUUUGUCCUGCACACGUCGGGCAGCAUCGGGGCCGAGAAUCUGAACACAAGUUGGGAAUUCAUCAUCACCAUCAUGGACCAGGCCACCCAGGUCUCUGACAAAGUCUGGUUCGCGAUGGUGGCAUUCGGCAGCUCAGCCCAGCUGGUGUCGGCUCUGACCGAGGAGAGCAGUGAUGUGGAGGACGCCUGGAAGCAGUUCCAGAAAACAAACAGCUUCACCCAGCGAGGCGCCAACCUGGGGGCCGCGUUGAGGCAGGUUCUGUCCCUGAUCCAGACGGAGCCGCCGAGAACCAGCGCCAGGAAACACAUCGUGGUUCUGAUCACGAGUGAGAGACACAAUGUGGGGCUGGACCCAGCUGGGGUCUCAGCACAGAUCCAGGCAGCCGUCCCCGACCCGGACCAGAACCUGGAUAUCUUCGCGCUGGGGGUCGGCGGUGCCCACAAGGAGCAGAUGGAGCGAAUCGCCACGAAGAAACCGGGAACCCAAAGAUCCUUCUACCUGCAGAGCUACCGUGACCUGGGGGCCCUCACCCAGCUGCUGUGGGGCUUGGACGAAGGUCUCGGCUGUGGGGUGCGGGGCGUGGGGCGCAGCCUGUCCAUGGAGCGGGUUUUCCGUGGGGAGCAGGCGGAGGAGAAGCAGUGGCCCUGGCAGGUGUAUCUGAAGUUGAAAGACAAGCAUCAUUCCUACAGCGCGGGGGGCUCCAUCGUGGCCCCCUCCUGGGUCCUGACCGCGGCUCACAACAUCUGGGACGCCGAGGCCGGGCGAGCCAUGGCCCCGGACCAAGUCACUGCGGCUGUCGGGCUGACCACCACCCCCAAGCAGCCCCCAGGCCUCCGCGUGGGGCAAAUCAUCGUCCACGAGGGCUACAAAGGGCUUUUGAAUUUUGACUUCGACAUCGCACUGCUCAACCUCACCGAGCCUCUGGCCUUCACCCCCAAAAUCCGGCCCGUCUGUCUCCCCUGCAGCGCAGAGAUGAGGCGCAUCCUGGACCUGCCGGCGGCCGGCUGGGAGGAGACGUGCGCGUACCAAGGCCGGAUCCUGACGGGGCACGGCGGCGAUGAGGAGGAGAGAGAAAUCCGGGGCAUCAUCACCGGCUGGGGGAAGAUCGGGAACCGGGCAACCAGUAAGGUGCUGCAGCAGGCCGAGGUGGUGAUACAGAGCCGCCCACACUGCCAGGAGAAGCUGAAAAAUUUCACCUCCAACAUGUUUUGUGCCGUCGGAGAGAAGGGUCAAGAUGCCUGCGGGGGUGACUCCGGGGGACCCUUCGUAGUGAAGCGAAACCAGCGCUGGAUACAGGUUGGCAUCGUGAGCCAUGGUUCCACCCAGAAGUGCGAUGGCACCAGCCUAGGAGUCUACACGAGCGUCCCGCAGCUCAUGGGCUGGAUCAGGAAGAAGGUCCCGGAGCUGGGAUUCGAGUGACUCUCCCCCGCCGCCCCAGCACACUCCCCCGCAGGCCAGGCCAGGCCCGGGCCCCCUUCCCUCGAGACGCGCUGCCCCCCCCGCCGACCACGCUAGAACCCAGGCGUCCGAGCCCGGGACAGCCGGGCCCCCGGCGCCUCACGGGCUUUGUGCCUGGAAACAAUAAAGCUCGUGGAUCUUUGAA